AUGGCUGCUCCCGCUGACAGUCAGGUCUUCCGGGCCACCACCACCGCCCCUGUUAACAUCGCCGUCAUCAAGUACUGGGGCAAGCGCGAUGCUGUUCUCAACCUUCCUACGAACUCUUCCCUCUCCGUCACCCUUUCGCAGCGUUCCCUCCGCACUCUCACCACCGCUUCCUGCGCUCCUUUUUACCCCGCUAAGGACGAGCUCACCCUGAACGGCAAGCCCCAAGACAUCCAAUCCUCCAAGCGUACACUUGCUUGUCUGGCCAGCCUUCGCGCUCACCGUCGUGAGCUCGAGGAUGCAAACCCCUCGUUGCCCAAGCUGUCCACCUUCCCCCUCCGCAUUGUCUCCGAGAACAACUUCCCCACCGCCGCCGGUCUCGCCAGUUCGGCUGCCGGCUUUGCGGCCCUUGUUCGCGCCGUGGCAGACCUUUACCAGCUGCCCCAGUCGCCCCGUGAUCUGAGCCGCAUCGCUCGUCAGGGCUCUGGCUCUGCCUGCCGUUCUCUGAUGGGUGGUUAUGUCGCCUGGCGCGCUGGAUCCCUGGAGGAUGGAAGCGAUAGUUUGGCAGAGGAGGUUGCGCCGCAGUCUCACUGGCCUGAAAUGCGUGCCCUCAUCCUGGUUGUCAGUGCCGCAAAGAAGGAUGUUCCCAGCACUGAGGGUAUGCAGACGACCGUCGCUACUUCGAACCUCUUUGCUACCCGGGCGAACACUGUUGUUCCGGAGCGGAUGGCUGCCAUCGAGACCGCCAUUCAGAACCGUGACUUCCCCGCCUUCGCAGAGAUCACGAUGCGCGACUCCAACGGCUUCCACGCCACUUGCCUGGACUCAUGGCCUCCGAUCUUCUACAUGAACGACGUUUCUCGCGCUGCCGUCAGACUUGUCCAUGACAUCAACCGCGCCGUCGGCCGGACCGUCUGCGCCUACACCUACGAUGCGGGCCCGAACGCUGUCAUCUACUACCUUGAGAAGGAUACCGAGCUUGUUGCUGGUACCGUCAAGGCUAUCCUUGGUGAGAAGGCGGAGGGCUGGGAAGGUCCCUUCUACACGCCUCUGAAGGACGUUACCACCCCCGGCGUGUCCCUGGAUGAGGUGGACCCCCGCACCGUGGAAUCGCUCCAGGAUGGUGUGAGCCGUGUGAUCCUGACCGGUGUUGGCGAGGGUCCUAUCUCGGUGGAUCAGCAUCUUGUCAGUGAGAAGGGCGACAUCCUUUCUGCCUAG